UCUUUUUUUUAGAUCUGUAGAAACCUGUAGUCUCUUCAAUUUUGUCAAAUGAAUGCGGAUUCAAAGGAACUUUCUCUUCUUAACAUUGGUCUUCGGCAGAUUAAAACUGAUCUACUGACAAUAAGCAGAAAAAGUCUCCCAAGUAAACGUCACAUACCGAAAACCAUAUUUUUCGAAACAACAAAUUGUCUUCGGAAUAGAUGGCAGAGAGACGUCUAAACAGCCCAACGGACAAACAUUUUCAGAAUGGGCAGAGGAGGCACAAGGAGCGCGAAGCUGAGACGAACUUACGAAGGGGUUGUAGACGACCGGAAGAGUCGAACAUUUCGUUUUCACAGUCAAGAACAAGGAGUUUUACAGAGUCAGUACGAUUUGAUGUGAAUACAGAAACAGUGUCUUACGGGGCCAGCAGAAAUAAUGACGGAGUGCCUCAGUACCUUCCAAAUCCAUCCGUUAUUGACAGAGAAUUUCUGAAUUCCUUGCGAAGAUACCCAGAGCACCUUUGGCCUAUGCUGCUUUUUAACCGAAUUCCUGUCCAACGAAGUAGUGUUGUGGAAGGAAAUAAUUCUGAAAUAUAUCAAUAUGAGAAAGCAAGGAAAAAGGAAAAAGCCAGAAGAGUUCUGCUGGGUAUAUCAAAGACUCUUCGUGCUGAGGGUGUAAUACUUCAAGAGAACAUGAUAGAAAUGAUACUUGAACGGCUAGAGGCCGUUUAUCUUUAAAAGAAGAAGUCCAGGCUUAUAUUUUCUACGAAGAGAAAUGAGGAUUGUUUUUCUAUAUAAGAUGACAACGUUUUAUUUGUAAAUGUUCUAGUUUACCUUUAUCAUGUUUAAUCCCCUUAUACCGGUAGUAGUAUGGUACCGAAAAAUUCAAAUUCUUCAUUUUCUUUCAUGUUGUGUCGGUUUGCAGUGAUAGCUAAGUGGAUCAAUUAACUGAUUAUAUUCAUAUCUUUUCUCCUCUCUAUGUUAAAAUAGAAAUAUAAGAUAGUUAAAAAACAUGGCCUUCUAAAAUACCAAUGUUCAUAUCAGAAGUAUCAGCAGCGGCAAAAAUUGAAUAGAAUAUAGUGUAAGUUUAGUCUACUAUCAAUACUUUGAAAGAGCCUAAACUUAACUUUCUUUUAUCUUUCAGUUAAUUAAAAAACCAUACUAGCCAAGAGUCUAAAACGCAUUAAAACUUCUGAGUGAAAGACUAACCAAAACCAUACCAGAAAUGAUCUGAAAGAAGUAACUACAGAUUUUAUAAUGUAAACAAACGCCUACAACAUUGUCCAUUCACGAAUGCACUCAAUUUGGAUGAUAAUUGUUGACAAAAAUUGUAAAUGAGAGGCCCCAACAAUUUUUUUAAGUUAUGCAAACAAUUUAAAGUUGAAAACAAAUGUGAAUUUCUUAAAUGACCCACUUACCUCGUUUACAACAAUAAAUAAAAUACCUUAUAGUUUAUUAAAGUUCGUGAACCUGUAACGAAAAUCGUCAAAUUAUGCAUUCUCUAUAUGCUUGUCAGCAUUUUUCUUAAUUUAACGUAAGGCAAUGAUCGUGUUAAGGUCAAGAGAAUGUCGAAUCGCUUAUAAAUACGUAAUUACACGGAAAUCGGAAUGCAUCUUUACCUAUCCACUACCUUAAAAUUUUAUACUUACAUAUGAUGACAGUGACUAUUUGCAACAAAGUUCUCCUGAAAAUGCUUCAAAAUGAGUAAAGCAUAAGAAAUACUUAUGAAAUCAAAAACACUUAUUUAUCAAAAUGAUUAACUGAAAUGAUAAUUAUGACAACAGUAUACCUAUAAACGUUGUUACACAUACGUGAUACCAGUUUAACUCUUUUGAAAUUUCUCAUUGCUGUAGAUAAGUUUUACGCUUGAAUAUAUCAGAUUUCGUGUAAACCAAAUUAUCAUUAUUGAGAACAAGUUUUUUUUUAACUAAAAGCCAAAACUUAAAUAUUUCAGGUAAUGCUUCUAAAUUUCUUAAAAAUUCUUGAAAGGAAUGUACAUAUCAUUAAACUUUGUAGCAGGGCCUCAGCACAACUUAUAAAAUAAUUCUCAGUGUAAGCCAUGAGAAGAGUGUGCAUGUUGUAUAUCCAAUACAAAGAGUUUUAAACAAAUGUAGGUUAUAUUUUGUCUAGCUAAUCAGCAGUUCGGUAAAGGACCUAUUUAGUUUGUCAUUCAUUUAUGACCACUAUUUUAUCUUGGCUUAAGUUUAUUGGUCAAUUCAGAGUUGUUCCCUUUAUAUUUUCUUUUGUAAGUACAACUUAAAGUAAAUAUGACGCUAUUUGGAUGAAAUUAAGAUGAUAUUGCUGCGUAAACAACGUUAUUAUAUACCUUGAAAUCCCGAAAUUAAGCCGGUUUUGAAAAUAAGCCGAUCAAAAGGUAAAGGUAAAAAAUGUAAAUUGUAUUUAUCGUCGCUUUGUGAAACAAAUAACAUAUUAAGCUUUGUAGAGCUUUUGAGCGACCCUAUUUAAGAACCGUUAAAACCAAUUAUACCUUAUCCCCAGCAAUUUGCUGGUACCCAUUUACAGUUGGGUCGACUAAGGCAAUCGUGAUAAAGUGCCUUGCACACCGUAAAGGGUGUAGCCAGGAUUCGAACCAGGGGCCUUCAUCUCAAUACGAAAAUAAGCCAUCAUUUCACUACCGACAAAAAGGGCUCAUAAAUUAGCCGCACUCAAAAAUAAGCCGCCCAUUUUAUUUUAUUUUUUUUAGAAAUAGUAUCAAUGAAUCUUGUAAGGAAACCAUAUAAGAUAGCAAACGUUACCAACCUGUACAUAGCAGAUUUAUUUCCAUAUGUAAUAGCAAUAAAACACACUUUGGAAUAAAAACCACUCACAUUGUAAAACAAUGCAAGUGGUGUGUAAGUUAUUAAUUUAAAUCAUAGGUCUAUUUGUUUGACAAAACUGUUUAAUGUGUUAUUAUCUGUUAGCCUCUGAUUACUUCAAUUAAAAAUUGUAACAAAACAGGUAUGUCAGAAGUAUAAGUAUUUACCGACGUCGAUGUUUUUACUAAAAAGCAAAAAAUAUGACAUCCGUAUCUGCAGUAUUUUGGUACUCGAAAAUACGCUGGUUUUUAAACCGUUACCGGAUAUAUGUACGCAAAAGUUCGCCGGAUUCAAAAAUAAGCCGGUUUCCAUAAUAAGCCACCAAAUCCUUACGAACAUUUAAAAUAAUCCGCGGCUUAUUUUUGGGAUUUCAGGGUAUUCCAAUAUUGUUUUCUUUUAGUCAACAUGGGCAAUGGAUGGACAUUAAAGAAUAUGCACUUAUCAAAUUAGUUUAAUUAAUACGUUGAGCAUAUAUUUAUAACCUCCUUCAGCUAUUACCAAAUGUAAUUCAUGUCAUUUAGUAUAUUGACUUGUAGCGUUAUGCAAGAGUGAGAGUGCAAAAAUUACAAGAUCCUAAAUUAUUUUCAAAUUAUCUCCCGUUAGUUUUCAAACAGUUGCAUGUACCUUGACAAUAUUUUUUCCAAUUUUUAAUAGAUUUUGAAGAAUCCAACCAUUAUGUUAAGGGGCCAGAAUGAAAGUGCAGAGCGCAGAAGAUAUUUCUUUAAUUCCCAUAGUUAAACUUAUAUCAGUUUUGUAUUAUUUUUACAAUACUUAUUAAGACACAAUUUUGGAACUACUGAAGAGAAGUUAAGGAAACUUGUCAGACCAAUAUAAAUCAAUAAGACAAAGUGCAGGGCUAUAACUUCUAUUUUCUCAUAACCUGUUACUAGCCGAAGCUUACAUAUAACGAAACACUGCUUUCAUGGCCCAAAGAAUAAUGUUGCUUACUUCGGAUCACUUGCUCUUCACCACAAUUGGUUCGAACCUCGCUUUGAACGUAGAGUUCUUUAAUAUCAAGAAGCCGUUUAACUGGCAUACAGAAGGUCGUUGGUUCUAAGCCCAACCGUAAUAAAAUAAUGACCGGAGCGGCAGGUCAACCAAAGUCUUCCAACACUUUCUAAAGCUGGAAAGUUACCAUGUGAUAUAUCAUUGUGCCGGUGUGGCGUAAAACCCAACCUAUGUUUUUCGUCCAUUGAUAUUUGAUAAAGACCAUGACAUUUUCUAAGCUGUUGAUUGGGUUAUGUUGGUCUGAAGUUCACUGAUGUGUCCAAUUCGGGCGGCAUGGAAAUUACGGCUACAAGUGGGACACAUAUGGUCUGUAACUGGUGUCAAGGUGCUGGCGGACGGUGUUUUGCGGAGCAAACGCUUUUCUUUAGCUUCCUUUGUACGCAUUCUUUCCAACCACAGAUUGUAUUUGUCACAUGCUCAUCUUGAAUGUCUGUACUUUUUUGUUAUGUUGUAGUUAAGGAGGUGACAGGUUUGAUCCUUGUGUAUCCAAGUUAUCCUCUGGCGGUUGGCAAGACGGAACGAGGUGUUUGUGGUUAUCUGUCCAUAGGAACUACAUGUCCGUAAGAAGAGAAAGCCAUUGCUGUUGCAUUUUCCAAUACCAUUCCAAUGACUCCAUCCCAUUUUGGUGGUCUGAGCCUACUGUAGCUCCAAGGACAAUGAAUUUCUCUGCUCUGGGCAAGCCUUCGAUGACGACCUCAAUCUCUCCAUUAAAUGUGUCUUUCAUUUCAUCUGGAUUUGUCAUGGUCGGAGCAUAUACAUUGAUAAUGGUCGCUUGUCUGUUAUAUUGCUAAAAGAAAGAUGCAUGGUCAUAAGCCGAUCAUUUAUCACUUUUGGUAGGCUUGUCAGGUUCAUAACAAUAUUUGACCUGAUGGAGAAGCCUACGCUCGCGGGACUUGCGGUAAGUGGUGUAACCGGCUCAUUUCUCAAUGAGUUGGCCUUCAUCUGCAAAUCUCGUCUCAGAUAGCGCAGCAAUGUUUACAUUACUGCGAGCUUAUUUUUUGGCCAUACGUGCCGCACGUCUAUCCGACCGGUUUGUGUUGUUGUUGUCAAGUAGACUGCGUUCAUGUCAUGUACCUACGGUAAACGAAAUUGCAUUCUUUCUCUAUUUCAUUUGACUGCAUUGCCGGGACCCCUGUCAAUAGCGGGUAGGUGAUCAGGCUAUAUUGAAACAUGCAAUGUUUAGGGUACCUAUUCUUACCCCUUCCUCAUUGGAGGUGAGCGGAGCAUUCCUAGAGAGGGCUGCUCAACCGCUUAGGUAGGUACCGAGUUCUGCUGCUGAGCCAUCUGCGUGUAGUUUUGUAACUGCAAUUUAUCCGCACUUGCUGGCCUGUCCAAACAGAGCUUCGGAUGUUGAAGGUUUCAAUUGCUAUAAAAAGUCAUGACUUGCGCGUGAUUUAAUUUAUAGUGGGAAGAAAUUGCGCUGCAUCAACAGGAUUCUCUCGUCCAGAGAGAACUGGAUCCAGUCUUGAAUAAAUUGUCAAAACGUCUGGAGAUGAAUCUGGAUGUAGGAACUGCCAGACACCUGUCUUGUCUGCCAACUUAGCGCCUUUUGACUCCACUCCGGAUUUUCUGGCAGGUUUGUCUGCUUUAGCCUUUAACUAUUCCUUGUACCCACAAGGCAGUUGGGAGAUUUGAUCCAUAAAUCAGGUGUGUACAAACACCAGUGGGCCUGAAAUGCCGCAUGUCUAGGAGCAGAUCUCCUCAGAGUCUCCUGCAGUUCAGCUCGAGACCGCAAGGUGCUCAAUUAAACAUGUGUUGCCAGCCUGGAGACACUGCAUAGGUCUGUUGAGCGUCUGUGUACUGACAGGGAUAACUUACGCUCUCAGCUUCCUUUUCGAUAAGGCUAGCCAGCGAUGUGACUGGACAGAAAGCAAGGCUUGACAAACACAUAGUACACCAAACUAGAUGCACCAAUAGACCAUUUAACACUCGAUGGAGCACAUGCACCACAAUAUGUACCUCUUUCCAACACAUACAUCGAAACAAAUUACGUACGCAUUUACAUUCAGUAGUAUUAUCUUGUUUGCAAAUUUAUUGAAAGUUUUAUGAUGGACAGCUAAAUUGGAAAAAAAUAUGACCCAAAAUUAUUUCUAAAUAAAUGUUUUUAUAUACAUGUAUGUUGUUGACAUGGUCAAGGUAGCAACGUUUACACAGCCAUUAGGGUGAGAUGCAUUCUUUAGAAAUAGAUGUACUCGUACAAUAUUGUGAUUGUUUACAUGACUGUUUUUCAUUUGUUUUAAACUGUGACUGCAUAGUUUUGUAAAACUUUUGUACUUCUUUUUCUAUUUUGAUAGUGAUAAGUACAAAUGUAUAUUUUUCUACGAGGGUCCUGCAAAAAGUUCUGUAACAAAUGGACUUUCAUAGAUUUAUCCCAGGUAUUUUUUAAAACGCCUCAUUGCACCUGAGUUGUGUGUCCAAUAGCUAACGAUAUCUGUUGCUUUUCAAAUGACCGAAAUAUUUCAUAUUGAAAUUUUACUUGUCACAUUGUAACAUAGACGCAACGAUUGAAAUAAAUAGAUAAUAAAUGCCGCAUUAGGCUUGAUAUAGAUUCAAAGCAGAUCUUUGAUGAAUUUCGUGGUAUAUAUGGACCUCAGGCCAUUUUAAUGCGCAUAGGUUUAGGUUGGUUAAAGCUUUUAAAGCUGGGAAACUAUUAACUGGCAAAUAUGAUACCCGUUCUGAUAGGCCUUAGAAGUCUGUUACCAAGGCAAACAUCGCUGCUGUAAAAGCUGUGUUUAUACAGGAUGCGCGAUUGUCGGUGAAAGAUAUACCCACUUGUACUGGCAUAUCAGAGGACAGUGUGCAAACAAUUCUGACAAAAAGCGUUUGGAACUGAGAAAGGUUUGCCUUAGGUGGGUACCUCAUUUGCUCUCUGAUGAGCAAAAAAACAACGCAAUAAAUGUGCCCGGGAACUUACGAAAACAUACAAAAGCUGUAAUAUUCGGAUUAUUUCCAACUUGCUUACAGAUGACAAAACCUGGAUGCACAUGUUUGAGUCACAGAGAAGGAUUGAUAAUAAGCAAUUGAAGUUUAAAGAUACGCCCCUGUCUUGCCAAGAGACCCAUAAGAUGUUGUACGCAAUGGUCUUCAAUUCUAGUGGGCCAGUUGUUCAAGAGCCUUGUCUAUCUGGUCGUACAGUCACUGGACAUUUUUACCAGAACUCUUUAAUGAAAACAGUGAUAAAGUUAUACGUUAAGAAACGUCUAAGCAAAUGGAUGGUCAAGAGUCCAUCUUAUGCACGACAACGCCUCCACUUACAAGUGCGAGGUUGUUAAGUCUUUUUGGCUUUUGAAAAGGUGGAAGUUGUAAAACAUUCGACUUAUUCACCUGACCUGAGCCCCUGUGACUUUUUUUUUUAUUUCCAAGGCUUAAGAAAAUGCUUUCUGAAAAGAAAUAUAGUUCCCUUGACAGGUGCCUCAAACACACACCAAGAGAAGACUAUUUAUCUGCUUUUCGCAAUUAGUUUACAAAAAUGUGUUUCUGUAAUAUGAGAAUACUUUGAAGGUUUGUAAUAAAAAUAAUUAAGACAAAACGUAGCACUUAAUACAUCCGUACCAAAUGACAGAAAUUUUUGAAGGACCCUCGUAUAUUAUUAGUAAAUAUCUUACAUCCUUUUCAAUUGUCGCUUUGUUUUGUGUAUUUCAGCUGGUAUAGUAUCGUAUUUCAUAGUGUGAAACUUUUAGAGCCAUAUUAACAUUUUUUAUAUUUACUAGAACUGAAAACAGGUAACAUGUAUUUCAUAACAAGAGGCCCUGUAUCGCUCACCUGACCUAUUGACCUAAAGAUCAUCAAGGUUAACAUUUCGACCAAGUUUCAUUAAGAUAUGGUCAUAAAUGUGGCCUCUAGAGUGUUAACUAGCUUUUCCUUUAAUUUGACCUGGUGACCUAGUUUUUGACUCCACAUAACCUAGAUUUAAACUUAAAGAUCCUAAAGGCCAAAAGAUCAUCCGGAUUAUUAUUCUGACCAAGUUUCAUGAAGUUAGUCAUAUAUGUGGCUUUAGAGUGUUAACAAGCUUUACUUUUGAUUUGAACUGGUGACCUAGUUUUUGACCCCACUUGACCCAGACUUAAAUUGGAAGAAUAACGUUCUGACCAAGUUUUAUGAAGAUACAGUCAUAAAUGUGGCCUGUAGAGUGGUAAAAAGCUUUUUCAUUGAUUUGACCUGGUGACCUAGUUUUUAUCCCUACCUGACCCAGGAUUAAGAUCUGACCUCAAAAUUAACAUUCUGACCACGUUUCAUUAAGAUAUGGAUAUAAAUGUGACCUCUAGGGUGUUAGCUAGCUUUUCCUUUGAUUUAACCUGGUGAGCUAGUUUUUGACCCCACCUGACCCAGAUUUAAACUUGACUUAAAGAUAAUUAAGGUUAACAUUCUGACUAAGUUUUAUGAAGUUACAAUCAUUAUUGUGGCCUUACGUGUGUUAACAAGCUUUUCUUUUGAUUUGACCUGGUGACCUAGUUUUUUACCCCAACCCAGAUUCAAAACUGACCUAAAGAUCAUCAAAAUUGACAUUCUGACCAACUUUCAUUAAGAUAGGUCUUAAAUGUGGCUUAUAGUGUUAACUAGCUUUUCCUUUGAUUUGACCUGGUGACCUAGUUUUUGAGUCAACCUGACCUUGAAUUUAACCUAAAGAUCAUCAAGGUUAACAUUCUGACCAAGUUUCAUUCAGACUGGGUCAAAAUUGUGACCUCUAGAGUGUUAAAAAGCUUUUACUUUGAUUUGACCUGGUGACCUUGUUUUUGACCCCAGAUGACCCAAUAUCAAACUCGUCCAAGAUUUUAUUGAGGGUAACAUUCUGGCCAGGUUUCAUUAAGAUUGUACUAAAAUUGUAUGAUCUAGAGUGUUAACAGUCAAAUUUUUGACGACAGACGACGACGGACACAGGGCGAUCACAAAAGCUCACCUUGAGCACUUUGUGCUCAGGUGAGCUAAAACUCUGCGUGCCAGAAAUGAAUAAAUCCAGAGAAACAACUAUUGCAGUAUAAAUUUUGUUGAUUUUCUAAGAGUAAUAUAUUUGUAUAUUCUACAAUAUAUACAAAAGAGCAAUAGAAACUAUUAUGGUGUGUAACUAGUGUAUUUUUAAUAAACCAUUUAAAUUUAUAAA